AUGAGCAUUACGGGGAGGCGGCUUAACCGGGAGAUCGGCGCGAAGAGCCGGUUUGUGGGAUACGGCGAUGGCGCGGCGUGUACGGUGGAGGCCCUGGUGCUACAGCACCUGUCGCAGCGGGAGGAAGGGAGCUGGGCGGGCUGGCACUGCGAGGGGUCGCCGCUGCGUUCGCUGUGGGCGCUGUUGAUGUGGGACGUGAUUUUCAGUCCGGGUGUUGCCGACGUCUUCCAGACGCCUUUCCAAGACGCCCCCCUCGACCUGGACUUCUGCCCUCUCUUCUACCUCAACCGGCGGACAGCCGUGGACACACGCCUGGCAGAACUCCGGGCCGCUUCUGCUGCCGAGUUGGUCGCUCUGGUGGGAGAUGCCUGGCUAGCCAACGCCGGCACGGUGUGCCGUGGCCUUAACUGGGACAGGUCGUCCGUGCGUCACCUUCAGGCGAUAGCGGCGGGGCUCGGGGGGCCUGCGAUGGCCGCAAUUUUAGCCGCCCUUUGCCUGAACCACAAGCACUUCGGGGGCGGUUUGCCGGACCUGCUUUUGAUGCGAGCGGUGCGGACGGACACGAACGCCGCCGCUGUAGCCGCUGCCGGCGAAGGCCGAGACGGCAAAAUCGCGAAGGGAAAGGCGGCGGCGGAGGCGGCACCCCCCGCUUUUGAAGCCGAGUCGGAAGUGUCGACGGUGCGUUUCUCCGGGCCGGCGGCGUUUGUUUCCUGGCUCGGGAUCGACUCGGAGGUUGCGUUCGAUGUCGACGGAGGAGAUGAACGGCCGCCGCCGCCUCCUACCGACGGGGGCAAUGGAAAGAGAGGCAAAGGAGUUCCCAUGAGACCGCCCCCGCCGCCGUUCAAGGCAGCUGACAUGGCAGGCUUGCGGCUGGAGACUUGGUUGCUGGAAGUCAAGGGCCCCAGCGACCGAUUGUCCGACCGGCAGACGGCUUGGCUGCGCAUCUUGGACCGGGGCCGCGCCCUCGUGGGGGUGUGCCACGUUACCGAAGGUGCCGGUGGCAGCCACGUCGCGACGGCUACGACCACGACCAACGCCAUCAAGACCAAGAAAUUUAAACGUGAAAUACGGGGUUAG